AUCUCUCUCUCUCUCUCUCUCUCUCUCUCUACAGUCCAUGCGAUAAAGAAAGAAGUCUCUUCUGCUUCCAUUCAGAUUCCAGACGGUGAGACGGAAGAAAAAUUUCAAACCGCCUUCUCCGUUUCCUUCCGAUAUCCCGCAGCUCUUCGUCUUCUCUAAACCUUAACCCUCUAUUCCAUUCUGUCGAAGCGUCUCCAAUGGCGGUCGACCUCCCCUGCGACGGCGACGGCGUCUGCAUGGUUUGCAAGGCGGCGCCGCCGGAGGCGGAGGUGGUUGAGUGCCGCACCUGCGCCACACCCUGGCACGUCCAGUGCCUCUCGGCCCCACCGGAAUCCAUGGCUUCUCUUAUCGACUGGCGGUGCCCCGACUGCUCUCCUCCCCCGGAGGGUCUCCACCCCGCUGGCGCCGGCGGUGGCUCGUCGUCUUCCGCCGCUGCGGUCAGGGGGGAGAACGCGGAACUGAUCGCGGCCAUCCGGGCGAUCGAAGCGGACUCCUCGCUGACGGAGCGGGAGAAGGCGAGGAAGCGCCAGGAACUCAUCGGCGGCACCGCUGCCUCCGUGGCGGACGAAGAGGACGUGAAAGGGAAGAAGGUUGCGAUGGGGGAUAACGAUGUUCUCGCCCUACUGGACGAUAAGUUCAAGUGCGUUUUCUGUAUGCGACUCCCGGAGAGGCCUGUCUCAACACCAUGCGGACAUAAUUUCUGCUUAAAAUGCUUCCAAAAGUGGGUCAGUCAAGGGAAGAGCACAUGUGCAAAAUGUCGGACUUCUAUCCCAGUGAAAAUGGCUGCUCAGCCCAGAAUCAACUUGGCACUUGUUGCGGCUAUCCGUAUGGCAAAGAUUGCUAAGAGAGUCACAUCUGAUGUUCCAGUACAAGUCUAUCAUUUCUUGCGCAAUGAGAACAGACCUGAUAAGGCAUUUACAACGGAGAGGGCCAAGAAGCGUGGGAAAGCAAAUGCUUGCAGUGGCCAAAUCUUUGUCACGGUUCCUUCUGAUCAUUUUGGCCCAAUACUUGCAGAGCAUGAUCCAAGGAGGAAUCAAGGUGUCCUGGUGGGAGAAACUUGGGAAGACAGGAUGGAAUGCAGGCAGUGGGGUGCGCAUUUUCCUCAUGUUGCUGGGAUUGCUGGGCAAUCUGAGUAUGGUGCUCAGUCUGUUGCUCUCUCAGGAGGAUACAAAGAUGAUGAGGAUCAUGGAGACUGGUUCCUCUACACUGGCAGUGGUGGACGGGAUUUAAGUGGAAACAAGCGCACAAACAAGGAGCAGGCAUUUGACCAGGAAUUUGAUAAGCUUAAUCAGGCACUACGGGUUAGUUGCCUGAAAGGCUAUCCUGUCCGAGUGGUGAGGUCUUGCAAAGAGAAGCGGUCUUCAUAUGCUCCUGAAUCUGGUUUGCGCUAUGAUGGAAUAUACAGGGUUGAAAAAUGCUGGAAGAAAAUUGGAAGUCAAGGUACUUUUAUGGUGUGCCGGUAUCUGUUUGUCCGAUGUGAUAAUGAACCAGCUCCAUGGACAAGUGAUGAGCAUGGUGAUCGCCCAAGACCCUUGCCUGUCAUCAAAGAAUUGAAGUAUGCAACUGAUAUUACUGAAAGGACAGAAAGCCCAGCAUGGGAUUAUGAUGAAGAAUUUGGGUGGAAGUGGAUGAAGCCUCCACCAAUAAGUAAGAAGCCUGUGACCGCUGUAAAUCCUGAAGAGAGAAAAAUAGUGAAGCAAGCCAUCAGGCAUGCUCAGACUACAUCUGUGAGGAAGAGGCUCUUGAAAGAAUUCAGCUGCUUGAUCUGUCGGAAUGUGAUGGUUUGGCCGCUCACAACUCCCUGCGGUCAUAACUUUUGCAAGCAGUGUUUGCUUGGAUCCUAUGCUGAUCAGUCCUUUGUGAAGGAGAGGACAUGUGGUGGCCGGACCCUUCGAGCCAAGAAACUUGUUAAGGCUUGUCCUAAAUGCCCAACUGAUAUAGCCGAUUUCUUGCAGAAUGCCCAGGUCAACAGAGAGUUGAUGGAUCUGAUAGAAUCAUUGCAGAACAAGUCUGACAAGGAGACUGCAGAGCAACAAAAUGAGGCUGAUGGUGUUCUUGUUGAAGAUGUAGGGGAGAAAACUAUCGGGUUAGCAAAUGGGAAUGGGGAUGUGAAUCUAGCAAAAGAGCAAUUGGUCGAGGAGGAUGGAAUGCCGUCUGGCGCGAACCCACUGUUAGCCUCCAAGCGGAAGAAAACUGCUGUUCCCGGAACUGGUCGCAAAAGGACCAGAAAAAAUGAACAAGUAAAUGAUGAUGCAGGUCACAAAAUAUUAAGCGGGAAGAUAUCUGAUGCUGCUGACAAGAAUCCAGUUAAUGAAAACAAACAACCUGCUUCUUGCGGGCAGAGUGUUCUGAAGAAAAAUAGGAAGACUAGAAAGUCUAAUGAGGCUGCGGCUGAGUCUCCAUCCAACCCUCUCAACGCCCAAGCUGAUGAUGAUGCCUUCCGGGGAAUGGUGAUGUUGGGGUAAUCAGGUUGUGUUUCUAAAGUAUUCAUCCUUUUCUGCCUGCUUUUAUUGCUGCUGGAAAACUGAAAUAAAGCAGAGUGCUGUUGGGUUUUGGACCCGUAUGUUACCAUUUUCAGGACCUUUUCCGUAAAUCUAGCGUCAUGACAGUGUCUGAACUGCUCCUGUUGGUUCGGGACGUUAAUAUUGUCAACAGUGUGUUUCUUCCAACUGUUUGUUUAACGGAUGUUUUUAUACCGAUAUUAACAUCGGUAACAAUAUCAUCCUUUCC